GGAGGUUGGUUCACAAUGAAUUGUGGAGUCAGCGCGUGCCCUGUGAGGUCAAGUUAUCGUAAGUUUAAAGCGGGGUUCACAUUUGUGCAUUUUCAUGCUGCAUUUGAUGGCGCAUCAAGUUGCUGCAUUUUUUCAUGCGCGCGUAGCUAUUCAGAUUACUGCAAUUUUUGAUGCAAUUACAAAUAUCACUAGUUAGGGAAUUUACUUUUUGCCAACCCAGUUCUCCUCAAUUGGCAUUCUGGAGUAAAAAAUAAAAGUGUUUUUCUUAUAAAUUUUUCCCUCAAAGUUCAAAUACUUGAAGUAUGGAUGUGGAAGAAAUUGUUCUAAUAACACUUAUAAUUGGUGCAUCUGCAGCUUUAUUAUUAAAUCGUAAGAGACGGUGGUGGGUAAGACCAUGGAUUGAGCAACGGGAAACAAAUAGUCAAGGCAAUUCUAAUUUGUUGCACAAUGAAUUAGCAGUGCUGGAUAAAGAAAAUUACAAGAAUUUUAUUAGAAUGGAUGAAGAUACUUUCAAUGAUCUAUUGAAACUUAUUGAAAAUGAUAUACAGAAACAGGACACUAAAUUCAGGAAUGCAAUUUCGGCCAAAGACCGAUUAUCUGUUACAUUGCGCUAUCUAGCUACUGGCGAGUCUUAUAAAAGUCUUUCCUUUUCAUUUAGAAUGGGACAAUCAACAAUUGCUGGAAUAAUCCCAGAAGUUUGCAUUGCCAUUUACAAUAAUUUAAAAAAUCAGUAUUUAAAGAUGCCUACUACAACCCAAGAAUGGUUAAAAAUUGCUAAUGAAUUUGAAGAAAGAUGGAACUUGCCACAUGUGUUAGGUGCAUUAGAUGGUAAACACGUUGUUAUAAAAGCUCCCGCAAAUGAAGGAUCGUCAUAUUUUAAUUAUAAGCACACACACAGUAUCGUACUAUUGGCUUUGGUUGAUGCCAAUUAUAGCUUUUUAUAUGUCGAUGUGGGUAGAAAUGGAAAAAUUUCAGAUGGGGGUGUAUACAAGAAUAGUUCACUUGCUGCAGCGAUUGAAACAAACAAAUUAAAUUUUCCAGAGGAAAGACCAUUGCCAGCGGGUACCAAACCAGUACCAUAUGUAAUAGUUGCUGAUGCAGCAUUUCCAUUAUCCCGUCAUAUUUUAAAGCCGUUUCCAUUUCGUAAUAUGACUUGGCAACAACGUAUAUUCAAUUAUCGCCUAAGCAGAGCACGAAGAGUUGUGGAGAACGCAUUUGGGAUAUUAACAAAUCGUUUUCGUGUAUUAUUGAACAUUAUAAGUUUGGACCCAAGUAAGGCCCAAACAUUAACUCUAGCAUGCAUUGUGCUACAUAAUUUUUUGCGAACAAGGUCCCCAAAUGGUUAUGAUGUUAAGGAACAGAACAUUGAUAGGCGAUUCACAUUUAAGUACACCUUAAGUCGACAAGCAGGCAACAGGUCAACUGCAUCAGCACUUGAUAAUCGAAAUGAAUUUGUACAAUAUGUAAAUGGUAUAGGAGCAGUAGAAUGGCAAAAUGACUUAGCAUAGCAUUAUUAUUAUCAAUAAACAAAUGUACAAAAUAAAAUCUAAUCAUAUUGAG